CCCCCGUAGGAGUCAGUACGGGCAAUGCGCGUGCCCUGUACAGCGAGUAAGGAAACCGUGCGUACGCAGCACGUGUAUCUUUAUCUGUAUCCAGGUGCUCCCACUGAGCUAAGCGCAACCGUGCGAGUGACGUGCGUUGAAACCGACUCCCUGCCUGCUCUUGCCAUUCGUUCCCCACGUUUUCAGAAAAAACGUGGCGGAUGUGACCUCCCAAAAAACGUACGGACAAAAAGCACGUACGGCGGGUUGUGCCCUUAGCUUUAGGACACUACGGUACGUGGCAUCAGUAAAAACAUACCCCCUCCCCCCUUCACUGCUUACCAGUGGUACAGUCUUGAUAAAUAUUUGACCUUUCUACCUGCCCCCUUGCCUGUACGAAAGGCACUUCCUCAUACGUACAUCCUCUUUUACCACUUGCUGCCAGUCACGAGGUCACAUCGCUCACUGCUUCCCAGUUGUCUAAAACAAAGGUUGUACGCUUUCACGCAACCCGGUCGUAGUUGUUUGUUACUUUGUGGGACUCAUUAACACCAACAGAUCAACAACGAAAAUAACCUACCGACAAGAAAAAACUGCAUACAGAGCAACAUGGUGUCUAAAGCCACUCUUCUCGCAGUGUUUCUCGUAAUGGUUUUAUCUUUGAUAACUAGGCAGGGAGGAGCAAGAAGGCAUCUUUUACCACCUGUGUGUCAGACCUGGAACUCUACAACUGUGGUGUGCAGACGGCAAGCCAUUUCGCAAUUUUCAUCGGAUUUCCGAUCAACUCUAACCCGAAUCCCACCCGGAAUUCCUAAGUCUAUCACCACUUUAGACCUCAGUGGAAACAACAUCACUGAUCUGCAUAAGGAUUCUUUUAACGAGUUACGAAACCUACAGUACUUAGUUCUGUCAGGAAUAUAUCUACGGACCAUUGAGGAUGGCGCUUUUGCACAAUUAGAAAAUUUGAAAGAACUGCAGUUGUGUUAUCCAUCCAACGCCACCAAUGAAGAUGUGUUUAAAGGUUUAUCAAACCUAAGGUAUUUGCACCUCGAUUUGAACAAUGUUGGCUGUCUCUCCGAUCACGCCUUUGUCUCUUUGACCUCCUUGGAAAAUUUGGCAAUCGUAGAAAUCAGUGGACUGGAAGACAGAACAAGACUCUUUGAACGACUAUCACUCUGGUCACCAUUGACCGAACUUGAAUUUCUUAGUCUUUCUGUUCAUAGGGACAGUGAGAUCAACUUCGGACCUGUGUUUAGAUACUUUUCCAACUUGCACACUAUCGAAAUCAAAUUGCUUGAACCGGUAUCUAUGAAUGUCACCGUCAGAAUGUUACAGCCACUGUCACCACAUCUGCAACAUUUAGAUCUGCGGCUCCUCAAAGAUGAAGACAGCGACAUCUCCAUUGACCAUGGUGAUCUUCUAAUAGAGCAUGGUGUCCUGGAGUCACUGACCAAUCUGCAAACGUUGCAUCUUCCUCGAGUCCCGUUUUCAUCCAUUGCAGACGUUCUGCCUGAACUUCGUCACACACAAAUUGAGGAGUUAUUAUUUUAUUCUCACGGGAUAGACGCAAUAACGUCUGAGACUCUUGCGGUGAUUGAUAAUUUGGAAAAUUUGAAAAUUCUGUCUUUACUGACAACACGCCAGGCUGCUCGAGUUUAAUAUAGAAGCCAACACGUUUACAGGUUUUUCAAACUUACAAAGGCUUUAUUUGUCAGUUGGCUCACCACUAGGGGUGGG